CAGAAAGAAUGGUUAAGGGUAUUGUUAAGGUGUCAGUUCGUCUAGCCUUCAGCGAUGUUGACAAGCGCGGUGGUAGGGUGGGAGCAGUCAUAUGGAACAUGUCCUCUUCGUAGUUGGAGAGGGUGCAACUGUUUGCGGAGACCAUGUGUCCAAUGUAGAGACGAAAGGAAGAACGCGUACUACCUGCAAGAUCAAAGCGACAAUGAAGAUCAAGAUAGAGCGACGCGUGGUGGCCGCGUGCAGCACGGGGCGAAAUGCAGACAGCUGGUCCAUUUCUUCAACCCUCCUGAGAGGGUCGGGAGUCGGCAGGUCAUAGGGCAUCGAGCCGUCGUGACUUACGUCGGACGUCUGAGUCUGCACCUGGCUCCAGUCUGUUACUAA